AUGGUACCACAACAAGAAUCGUUCGUAGGGUCAAUCGACCAAGGCACGACCUCUUCGCGCUUCCUGAUCUUCAACAAGUCUGGUGAGCCCGUGGCAUCACAUCAGAUCGAGUUCAAGCAGAUAUAUCCGCAGCCAGGCUGGCACGAACACGACCCCAACGAGAUUGUACAAUCUGUCGAGAAAUGUAUAGACGAAGCUGUAGCACAGUUUGAGAACCAAGGACACUCCGCCAAGAGCAUCAAAGCUGUUGGUAUCACAAAUCAAAGAGAGACUACCGUGGUCUGGGAUUCUACAACUGGAGAGCCUUUGCACAAUGCCAUUGUCUGGACAGACACGCGGUCUCAGACGUUGGUCCGAAAGAUUAAGCAGAGACUCGGGGCCGAUGAGCUGCAAAAGAUAUGCGGUGUUCCACUGUCCACCUACCCCUCCGUCAGCAAGCUACUCUGGCUGAUGGAGAAUGUUCAGGCUGUGAAGCAGUGCUACGACAAAGGCAACCUUGCCUUUGGCACUAUCGAUGCCUGGCUGGUUUACAAGCUCAAUGGAGGCCCAAAGAGGAACAUCUUUGUAUCAGAUCCGUCUAAUGCCUCCAGAACAAUGUUCAUGGACCUGAAGACCUUGAACUACUCAGAUUCUCUGUUGGACUUCUUCCGGCUGGACACCUCAAAGCUCAAGCUGCCCAAGAUUGUGCAAUCCUCAGAUCCUAAGGCCUAUGGCACAUUAGCAUCUACUGUACUGUCAGGAAUCGCAAUCACUGGUUGUCUUGGUGACCAGUCGGCUGCUCUGGUCGGCCAGAAAGGAUUCGCGCCUGGUCUGGCAAAGAAUACCUACGGUACUGGCUGCUUCUUGCUUAUGAAUGUCGGCGAAAAGCCAGUUGUCUCCACGCAUGGACUUUUGACUACUGUUGCGUACGACUUCCACAACAUGAAACCAAACUAUGCCUUGGAAGGCAGUAUCGCUGUGGCUGGAUCUUCCAUCAAGUUUCUGCAAAACAACCUUGAGUUCAUUGAGUCAUCAGCCCAGGUCAGUCAACUAGCCGAGACUGUUGAGGAUAACGGUGGCGUCACCUUCGUCACUGCCUUCUCAGGUCUUUUCGCGCCAUAUUGGAUUGACGAUGCUAGAGGCACAAUCUUCGGCAUCACCGCAUACACUAAAAAGGGCCACAUUGCCCGAGCAACUCUAGAAGCUACUUGCUUCCAAACCAAAGCAAUCCUUGAGUCUAUGGGCAAGGAUUCUGGCUACGAUCUGAAGGAGUUGGCAGUCGAUGGCGGCAUGUGUAACUCGGACCUGACGAUGCAGACACAAUCUGACCUGAUUGGUAUUCCUGUAGUCAGGCCAGCCAUGCGUGAGACUACUGCCCUAGGAGCCGCUAUCGCUGCUGGUCUAGCAGUCGGCGUAUGGAACAGCUUGGAUGAUUUCAAAGAUGUCAACAGCGAAGGCAAGACUACCUUCAAGCCUAAGAUCUCUGCAGAAGAAAGAGACGGCAAGUUUGCAAAGUGGGAGAAGGCUGUGCAGAUGUGCAAGGGCUGGGCUAGCUGA